AUAAAAGAAAGUACAAUACAGGAAGUAAUUCUGCUUUUAAAUCGUUUUAAGUUUAGUAACGAGUAUUAAAAUUGAACAACACUAACCAACGCACAUGAUAUCUUUAGGCGGUAAAACAAUUUUCCAACAUUGUAAAAGAUUUAAAACAUUCUUUGUAAGAAAUUUUUAUCAAUCGGCAAUAAUCAUGGCUGAUGAGUCGAAGAGAAUCAAAACCGAUAACGACGCUGAAGUAUAUAUUGGCACACACAAUGGGACUUUUCACUGUGAUGAGGUUGUAGGUUGUUUUAUGUUGCGUCAAUUGCCAGAAUACAAAAACGCAAAGAUUUUACGAAGUCGAGACAUUGAGCUAUUAAGAAAUAAAUGUGAUAUAAUUAUUGAUGUCGGCGGUGAGUUCGAUAAUAGUCGUAAAUGGUAUGAUCAUCAUCAAAAGACCUUUCAAGAAACAUUGAGCUCUUUACGUCCUGAACUUGGAAACGAAUUUAAGAUUAGACUCUCCAGUGCUGGAUUAGUUUAUACAUUCUACGGAGAACGGAUCAUUGAUGAAAUACUACGACACCAUGCUGAUAUAAAUCUUUCAAAAAAUAACCUACAGCUUGUAUUUAAGCAAAUAUAUAAGAACUUUAUUUUAGAAAUUGACGCUAUUGAUAAUGGUGUGCCAAUGUUUGAUGAUGGAGUGGAACCUAAGUAUGAUAUAUCUACUAGCCUCUCCUCACGUAUCAGUCGUUUGAAUCCUUCGUGGGACGAGGAUAAGCAAAAUAUUGAUGAAAAAUUUUUCAAAGCAAUGGAUGUUGCUGGCAAAGAAUUUGUGGAAAACGUAAUAAAUAUUGGAAAAUCUUGGAUAAAUGCUAGAGAAUAUGUACGUGAAGCAUUACUGUCAGCAACUAAAGUGCAUGAGAGUGGUGAAAUACUCUUACUGAAACGUUUUUGUCCUUGGAAAGUUCAUUUGGCGAAUCUAGAAAUUGAAUAUAACUUAGUAGGUGUGCCGAAAUUAGUUAUUUUUUCGGAAAAUGAACAAAGUUGGAGAAUAGCUGGAGUACCAAUUUCGCCAAGAAGUUUUUUGGGCCGUAAGUUUUUACCUAUACCUUGGCGAGGUUUAAACAAUGAUGAUUUAUCAUCAAUUGCUGGAGUCUCUGACUUAGUGUUUGUGCAUCACACCGGUUUUAUUGGAGGUGCCAAAACAAAGGAAUCUGCUUUACAAAUGGCAAUAAAAAGUAUUCAAUGGAAGGACUAAAAUAGCAACUUAGUAAAAUACUUUAUCAGAUUUAAUUAAUAAAAAUUUUUGUAUGUUUAA